UCAAGCAGAGAGAGAGAGAGGGAGAAGCCGACACGUGAACAGUUGUAUUCUAACCUUUUUUGGUUAACGUAAUCUAUAAAAUAAUUUAUUCUCACAUAAAUAGUAUUUAAAUACUACAAAAAAAAUAUAGAUUUUUAAAAGAGACAAACAACUAUGGAUUCUGAUAUAAAAAAUGAUACAAAAUGUGAAAUGUUUAUUUAUCUUAAAGACAUCGGUUGCUGUUUAAAAUGCUGUUUACGUUUAUCCGGAAUAAAAACAAUAGAACUUCUUAAUGAAUACAUCAAAGAUUAUAAAGUAAAAUGUGUUCCAGAUAAUAUUGGAGUAUUUGAUGAAAAGAACUCAUGUAUAGCCUGCUUAGGAAUAAUGUAUGAUGAAAUUCAAGACAGUGUAGUAGAUCAAAUAGCUAAAGAAGUGAUCUCUAAUGGAUAUGAUGCUUCUAUAUUUAGCGGUAAUCUCACAGUCCCCAUGUCUCUAAUGUUGAGAGAAAAAUCUAUUGAUGAAGCAUUAACCCAGAAAUUUUCAUUGACUGAGUCUCAAUGGAAUAGUUUUAAAUAUAAGACACAUUAUAUUAAAGAUGCCUGGAAAACGGACAUUUUACCACGUGUUGAAAAGAAAAUUUCAAAAAAAUCUACGCCGUUAUCGAAUGUACCUUACCUUAUGAUUAUGAUUUCAUUUUCUUAUUCUCAUGAUGAUGAUGACUGCAAAAAAUUGUUAAAAGGUAAAAUAAGCGAUUUCAGUCGAAACAAAAUUGAACAGAUAUUGUCUGAUAAUGAAUUAAAGGAAUGUCUGCUAAUACCACCUCCAAAGCCAUCAACAAGUGUACUAAUCGAUAAAAUAUAUUGCUCACAUGGAAGUAUUUUUAUUGGAGGACGAUAUUCUAAACUAUCAAGACAGCUGAGUCAAACUCCGUGGUUCAUUAAUGGAGAAAAAAAAAUGGAAACAUCUGUUCAAGAUUUAUUAUCGGAUAUAAUUGUAAAUUAUACUAAAGCUGAUGCUAUAAAAUUUUUGUCUUCUGGAAGAGAAGACGUUGAUGUGAGAACAAUUAAUUUAGGAAGACCGUUUGCUAUUGAACUUAUAAAUCCUAAAAUCACGAAAGCAUUAUCUGGAAAGCUGAAGGAAAUGGUAGAUGAAAUAAAUGCCUCCACCAAACUCAUUCGAAUUACCUCAGAAAUGAAAAUUCUCUCUCCAUUGGAUUUGAAGAAGUUAAAAGAAGGUGAAAACGAAAAAACAAAAUUUUAUCGAGCUUUGUGUAUAGUGAAAGAUGAAUCAUGUAAUUCAUUAGAUCUCGAUAGUUUACAGAAUAUAAAAAAUUUAGAAAUAGUACAAAAAACUCCUCUCAGAGUAUUACACAGAAGACCAUUCACACCACGUAUUCGAGUAAUUCAUGCUAUGCGUGGACGUUGGUUAACAAGUGACGAAAAACUGAAAGUAAAGAAACGAUAUACUAAUACAAAUGUUGAUCAAUGUUUAUUAGAUAAAUUAUUUAUUAUUGAUGUAAAAACUCAAGCAGGAACUUAUGUUAAAGAGUUUGUUCAUGGUGAUUUUAAUAGAACAAAACCAAGUCUUUGUGAUGUUCUUGGGGUAGAAGUUGACAUUGUUGCUUUGGAUGUUACUGGCAUCAAUAUACAUUGGCCAUGAGUUGAACUCGUGUCAGAUAUAAAGACUAUAUUUUUAUGUACAAUUAAACACAAUAAAACAAUUAAAAUUUAUUUGUAAAAUGUAAAAAUAUUGACAUAAAUAAUAUUGAUUUUUUUAAUGAAUAAAAA